AUGAAGUGCCCGUAUUGCUCGGCGGCACAGGGGCGUUGCGCGACGACGAGUAGCGGUCGUUCAAUCACGGAGUGCACGUCUUGCGGGCGCGUGAUGGAGGAGCGACAGUCGCAUCCCCACCACGUGUUCCACAUGCGCGCUCAAGACAACCCUCUGUGUCUGGUCACAUCGGAUCUCCCUCUCCCUCUCCCUCUCAAUCAAAACGACGAGGAGGACCCUUUCGAGCCCACGGGCUUCAUCACCGCCUUCUCCACGUGGGCCCUCGAGCCCAACCCACUUUACCUUCAGUCCUGCCUGUCCUUCUCCGGCCACCUCGCUGAGCUCGAACGCACUCUUGAAUCCUCCUCUUCCUCUUCUUCCACUUCUUCUUCGUCGUCGACGGUUGUGGUUGAUAAUCUGAGGGCGUACAUGCAGAUUAUCGACGUGUCGUCAAUUCUAGGGUUGGACUGCGACAUUUCCGAUCACGCUUUUCAGUUGUUCAGGGAUUGUUGCUCCGCUACGUGUUUGAGAAACCGCAGUGUGGAGGCGCUUGCCACUGCCGCUCUUGUUCAGGCCAUCAGAGAGGCUCAAGAGCCCAGAACCCUUCAGGAAAUUUCAAUUGCAGCUAAUGUGCCCCAAAAGGAAAUUGGAAAAUACAUUAAGAUACUGGGAGAGGCUUUGCAGCUAAGUCAACCUAUUAACAGCAAUUCCAUUUCAGUUCAUAUGCCGAGAUUUUGCACGCUUCUUCAGCUCAAUAAAUCUGCCCAGGAACUGGCUACUCACAUUGGAGAGGUCGUGAUCAACAAAUGCUUCUGCACUCGCCGGAAUCCUAUUAGCAUCUCAGCCGCUGCUAUAUAUUUGGCUUGCCAACUUGAAGACAAACGCAAAACCCAGGCAGAAAUUUGUAAGGUGACUGGUCUUACUGAAGUCACGCUCCGUAAAGUAUACAAGGAACUAUUGGAGAAUUGGGAUGAUUUGCUUCCCUCUAAUUACACCCCAGCUGUUCCUCCAGAGAGGGCAUUUCCCACAACGAUAAUUGCUUCUGGUCGUUCGUCAACAGCUAAGGCUGAUGCUGUAGAGGCUAUUUCUUCUUUGGACUCAGAAAAGUUGACAGAUAUUAAACCUAGCAAACCUAAUGAGGUCUCAGGCAUAGUUCAUCAGUCCAGAGUGAAGGAUGAGGCUGAAGGUAAAAGCAAUGCUCAUGCAAGCCAUUCCACACUGAAUCAACAGUCAACCUUUUGGCAACCCCAGCUUCCCAGUGGUUCCCACAAUCAUCAGAGUGUUUUACAAGGAAUGGAGAUUGAUAUAUUGCAGCGAAGCCACCAACAGCAUGAACACAUGCCAGAGGAUACAAAUGGUGCUGCCAACGUUAGUUCUCUAAAAUCAAGCCAACUUUGCAGUCCUCCUGCUUCGAUUGCAAGUUCUGCUAUGAGGCAGUUUUCAGCACCAACUUCAUCUGGCCCUUCAAAUGUUCGAUUAGGACAAUCACCGAAGAUAAUGCCUGGUUAUCCGGAGCACUGA